AUGAAGCAGGCCCUGGUGGAUGAUACUGAAGAUGUGUCCCUCGACUUUGGCAACGAAGAGGAGCUGGCCUUCGGGAAAGCCAAGAUCAGGCACCCGUUGGCCACCUUUUUCCACCUGUUCUUCCGAGUGAGUGCGAUUGUCACCUAUAUAUGCUGUGACUGGUUCAGCAAAAGCUUUGUGGGCUGCUUUGUCACUGUGCUGCUCCUUCUGUCCUUGGACUUCUGGUCUGUGAAGAAUGUCACCGGAAGACUCAUGGUGGGCCUCCGAUGGUGGAAUCAGAUAGAUGAAGACGGGAAAAGCCACUGGGUAUUUGAAGCCAAAAAGGUAUCUUCUAAUAACAUGGCUGCCACAGAAGCUGAAGCUCGGAUCUUCUGGCUUGGUCUCAUUAUUUGCCCGAUGAUUUGGACUGUGUUCUUUUUUAGCACCUUACUCUCCUUGAAGCUAAAGUGGCUGGCCCUUGUCAUUGCUGGGAUUUCUCUCCAAGCUGCUAACCUGUAUGGCUACGUCCUUUGUAAGAUGGGAGGCGAGAGUGACAUCAGCAAAAUCACAUCCAGCUUUCUGUCCCAGACGGUGUUCCAGACGGCCUGCCCAGGUGACUUCCAGAAGCCCGGCCUUGAGGGGCUGGAGAUCCAUAAACAUUAG